UGAACAAUUUCCUGAUGACUGGCCCAAAGGCUUACCUGAUCUACUCCAGCAGUGUGGCCGCUGGGGCCCAGAGUGGCAUUGAAGAAUGCAAGUACCAGUUUGCCUGGGACCGCUGGAACUGCCCAGAGCGUGCCCUCCAGCUGUCGAGCCAUGGUGGGCUCCGCAGUGCGAACCGCGAGACGGCGUUUGUGCAUGCCAUCAGCUCUGCCGGCGUCAUGUACACACUGACCAGGAACUGCAGCCUGGGCGAUUUUGACAACUGUGGCUGUGACGAUUCCCGAAACGGGCAGCUGGGGGGCCAAGGCUGGCUUUGGGGAGGCUGUAGUGACAACGUGGGCUUUGGAGAGGCCAUUUCCAAGCAAUUUGUUGAUGCCCUGGAGACAGGACAGGAUGCCCGAGCAGCCAUGAACUUGCACAACAACGAGGCUGGCCGCAAGGCGGUGAAGGGCACCAUGAAACGCACGUGCAAGUGCCACGGCGUGUCCGGCAGCUGCACCACACAGACCUGCUGGCUGCAGCUGCCCGAGUUCCGCGAAGUGGGAGCGCAUCUGAAAGAGAAAUACCAUGCGGCGCUCAAAGUGGACCUACUGCAGGGUGUGGGCAACAGCGCGGCCGGCCGCGGCGCCAUCGCUGACACCUUCCGCUCCAUUUCCACCCGAGAGCUGGUGCACCUGGAGGACUCCCCGGACUACUGCCUGGAGAACAAAACGCUGGGGCUGCUGGGCACCGAGGGCCGAGAGUGCCUGCGGCGGGGGCGGGCCCUGGGCCGCUGGGAGCGCCGCAGCUGCCGCCGGCUCUGCGGGGACUGCGGGCUGGCGGUGGAGGAGCGCCGCGCCGAGACCGUGUCCAGUUGCAACUGCAAGUUCCACUGGUGCUGCGCCGUCCGCUGCGAGCAAUGCCGCCGGCGGGUCACCAAGUACUUCUGUAGCCGCGCGGAGCGGCCACGGGGGGGCACUGUCCACAAAUCGGGGACAAAAGCCUAACGGGCCCCUCUCUUGCCUCUUUUCCGUGAUUGUCCCUGGCAUCCUUUAGAUACCCAGUCAUAGAGGA